UAUUGCGAUGUCGCCGUACUACAAGGAUGAAAAGGAGCUACACAUGCCAUGUAUCAAGGAAGAUUAUCACUACGGCAGUGUACUGCCGCAAGACUUUACGCCAAGACCUCCUAUCGGAGGACAGCGCAAGACUUCACGCCGAGACUUCCUAUCGGAGGAAAACGCAAGGCAGCCAUUAUACGCUCACCGGGUAGAGAACAGCUGGUGGCCGAGCGACCAGAACGAAGGGAGUCACGCGAUAAGGGAGCGUGAUAACAACGGCGCGGUGGCGGGUGAAUUGGUUUCUCGAAUCGCGGGCUGCCUGAAUAUGGCGGGUUACCUGAAAGCGGCGGGCGCAACCUGCGCCUCGACCGGAAACCCUCAUCAAUACCAUCCACACGGUCAUCCGAUGGGAGUCGGCACCCAUCCGCAUCCUCACUCGCAUCCGCAUCCCGGUGCGCAUCCCGGUUUGCCGUCGCACUUCGCCCUCACCCCGCACGCUCAUACGCAUCAUGCGCUCGAGCAUGGAUUGGCAGCCGCAUUCCCACAAGGAAUGAAUCAACGCAAGCAACGUCGCGAGAGGACGACCUUCACCAGAGCUCAGCUGGAUGUGUUGGAGGGACUAUUCUCGAAAACGAGAUAUCCGGACAUCUUUAUGCGAGAGGAGGUUGCCCUUAAGAUCAACCUGCCAGAGUCGCGAGUCCAGGUUUGGUUCAAGAAUCGCCGAGCCAAGUGCAGACAGCAAUUACAACAACAUCAACAACAGCAACAGCAGCAGCAACAGCAACAGCAGACCCCUCCGUCGAAGGGUUCGCCCAGAUCAAAUCAGAAUCACAGCAACAGCAGCACCGGAAGCAGGAUAUCGACGAGCUCGUCGACGACGCCUAGUAGGCGAUCUUCCCCAGAUUCACCGGUGCAAGGUAGGGACGCACCAGUAGCAGGAAACUCACCUCUAUCGACCCCGCUUCUGUCAACCCAAUCGACGUAUCCUCGGAAUGUUGGAACGACGCCAACCGGUGGCAGCGGGGCCAACAGCAAUCUGACGACCCCGUCGCCGCCGCUGACACCGAGCUCCAACCAACUGCAGCCAUCGUCCUAUCCAAGUGCGAUGAAUCAAAUUCAUCAUGGCGAGACUUACAGCUUCGGCUGGAGCUCGGCGGGGUCCGCUUCUGUAAAUCACAGCCAAUACGCCGGUCAAGGUUACAACGCUUACGCUCAAACCUCGAGCGUAUACGGUGGCGACUAUUAUCAGGCUCAGAUCCCCCACAUGCACCAUAGCCCGCAGACUAACUACCAUCAUCCGCAAUAUCAUCCUAACAUGACGCUCACCCCGUCCAUGUCACAUCUGACUAGUCAUCACCUGAAUCCAGUGACUAGUCAGACGCAAGCUACUAGCAACGAUAUAGCGGCUGGAGUAUAG